AAAUAUGCGUGCAAAAAAAAACCGCGUUUAGAGUCAAAAACAGACGACGACCAGCAAAUCGGACCUCUGAAACAAACUGAUGUGUAAAUUUUCGGGAACGUGGGAAGUGGAGCUGUUUUAUUUUUAUUUUUUUAAUCCACCCCGCGAGGUAAAUUCGGGGAGCUUAAAUCCCCGGAGACAGCUAGAAUCUGGUGCAGAAGACGGGACUUGUGUGAAUGCAGCGACGGAACAAACCGAGAGGUCGUGGUGGGGGGCUGAUUGCUGUGUGUAGGUGUGAAGUGCUGUGUGGGGGAAAGGGUUACAGCAGGUCUUCGGUGAGGUGUGCAGUAUAAAAGCUCACUAGGAGGUAGUAAGGCGUGUUUGUGUGGAGUCAUGGAGGAGGAAGCGGUGGUGUAGCUUUAAGAGAGCGAAUUGAAUAAAAGCGUGAGUCGUUCCCUUAAGAAAUUCGAAGAUAGGUACGGUAAGUGGAAUGCAAAAGGCAAAAGAAGUCGAUUCUGGGCAUUCCUCUUCAUAGGAAAGGAAAAAGGACGAUUAUUAUUGAUUGCAAUAAUGUGUAAAAUGCAGUGUAAAAACUCAGAGCUCCCUUUUUCAGGAUCUGUGUAUAUGGAGCCUGAGGUUGCCAUUGUGAAUUUCUGGUUAAAUCCAGAAAUAUACUCUUUCCAUUUAUACUAUGACAUAAUUCACUAUGACAUCUGUAUUAAGAAAACAAUUCUGAAAUACAGUAUAGAGGUAGAAGCAUAUUUUCACUAUUGUAUAAUUCUAUCUUGAAUUUCUUAAUGACCUAUUUCUUAUACAUUCAGUAUUUGGAAAUAGGUUAGCAUGUCAAGACACUAAUAAUAAAUAUGAGUUGAGUUUAGUAUUAGGAUACUGAGAUUGUAAAAUAUGCAUUUUCCUCCAAGCCAAUUGAUCACUAGUAGAUUUUGGGCAGAUAGUUUUUAAUAAUGCAACUGCUGCUUUGGAACCACUUCUAUGAAAAGAGUGCUCUGUUUUGUAAAGCAUAUUAAAGAUCUUGGUUUUAAUACCUAGUAUUUCUAUUUCAUGGGAAUAGGGCUAUGCCAGGGCUAUGAGCCUAGAAGAGUAACUACUAUUGGGAUAUUGGUGAUGUUAAAUUGUUCAAGCCAAUGGUUGACUGAAUUAAUUACAUAAAGUGCUAAUCAGAUGCUAGAAAACUCUGAUUGACUUUUCCUUGCAUUAAAACUGCAUUAAAAUGUUUUUGCAACUAUCAGAUAAUAUAGUAUAUUCUGCUUAUUAUACAAAUAUUACUGUAUGCUGUAUGCUGAAAUAUAAGAAUUAUCAAAGUAAUAUAUUUAAGGUCAAGAUGGUAUUCAAAACCUAUUUGAAGGAGAAAGAUGUAAUAUAGUAUUUCAGCAAUUAUCUGUAUUGUAAAAUCUAGUUUUGAACACAUUAGUUUAUCUUAGAAGCUGUAUUAGAUGGAGUAAGGCACUAAUACAGUACAUUAAUUAAAUUUUAUUCUGGUUAGUCUUACUCAUGAUUAAAUUAUAUGACAGUUUUGUCUCACAAACCCUUAUCAUAGUAUAAAUACAUUGAGUGUACUUCCUAGAAAUGCUAGGAGUUGUAAUUUAAUAACAUCUGGAGUGCCACAGGUUGCCACCUCUGAUUAACCUAUGUAAGUAUAGUAUGGUAUUUGGUUACCAUGUGUAGACAAAUUUUGAAGUACUUAGUCUACGUGGUACUUGAUAUACCACGUUCUAGACGUGGUAUAUCAAAAAGCAAAUGAGGGAAUUUCUUACCAUCAAGAGCAUUUUAUUGCAUGCCCAGUAUCUUUUAUUUAGAAUCUUAGUGUAAGUUUAAACAGCAGAAUAAUAUUCACUUGCUUAUAAAAUAUUAUUCUUAUUUCUGGUAGUCUCAGACACUGACAUGAAGAGAACUGUAGGAAUAUUUUUUUUAUAGCAGAAAAAGGACAUUGAGAAUCCAGUGUUUGAUUUGGACCAAUUUCUCAGCAUGCGGAUAUUAUAGAAAACAAUUACUUUGUAGCAUUUAUGUUUUAGUUACUUCCAUGCUUUGUCUCAUAGUAAAGAAUAUUACUACCCCUGGAUAUUAGAAACAAUGUGUUGAAUUGAUAUGACUUUUUGAUUUAUAAUAUAUUAAAUUGGGAAAACAUCUUGUUUAAAGUUGUUUUCAAAAUCUGCUUAUUGUAACUAAUAGUUUAUUGUGAAGCAUUCUGUACUUUAACAAUUGCUAUAUUUGUCUGAAAGACAUUGUAAUCAAAUUGGAAGCUUUUAGUCUUGUAUUACUUCAAAUAAAUUAUCCAAAGACAGACUGUUCUAGCUGGCUGCUCCUGGGUGGGGGGGAGAGAACUAAGUUCUCAAUACUUGUAUAUUGCUGUCUUUUUUUCUUGUUCCAUUCAAUCAUGUUUGUUUCUUGGAGAUUGCCUGGAUAGGUCCCUGCAGUUUUCUUGCCAAGAUUUUUCAAGAGUGGUUUGUGAUUGUCUCCUUCCUAGGGAUGAAAGAGACUACUAGCACAAGGUCACCCAGCUGGCUUUGCACCUAAGGUGGGACUAGAACUGAAUCUCCCAAGAUAUUUAACACUCAAAACAAGAUGGUGCUUAUCACACAGUACAGUUGUGUGAUAAGCAAUGAAUUUAAUGCAGUUUAAUGAAAAUUAAACUGCAUUAAAUCACCAUUUUAAAAUAAUUGGGAAAAAUCCAACUUCAUGCAACAAGACUUUCCAUGUGUUACUUCUUCCCGAAACCUGCCAUAUUCCUUUCCUUCAGUCUACUCCACAGGCUCUCAAGUUGUAAGUUGGAAGAAUGCUCCAUUCCUUCUAUUCUGUUGAUAGGGACAUUGGUCAAUAGAAUAAAUUAUCUUGAUUAUCAACCCUUAUUUAAAUAAUUGAUUUGAUUCUGCUUCAUUUGCAAGUUCCGACUAUUUUAUAGGUGAAACUAUAUUUUCACUGAAAGUUUUAUACCUUCUAAAAUUUAUUGAUACAGUGAUUCCCCAGUUUUUAAAUUACGUUAAAUAUGCGUAAUUUAUAUUCAUUAUAAUAGAUGGUAAGCUUGAGUAGAAAAAGCUAAUUUAGAUAGUUCUUGAUACAGGAAUCAAAUAGUUUCAUUGUCUACAUAAGUUUUAUACUAUCAUUCUAGAUUUGACCAGAUAUUAGGAGAUCAAUUUUCAUUUUAGUCUCUGAAUGUUUGUGACAUUUUUGGUGCUUCAAUAACUAUACCAGCUCACAAAUGUACAAAAGUGCUUCUCCCAUUUAUUUCAAUGGUAGGUAACAUACAAUUGGAUACAAAGUGUAUAUUAAUAACUCAUGUGAGUAAGGAAGCCUGAAUACUUGAUAGAUCUUACAGAUCCUUGGAUGCAAGUCAUAAAUUGUGGUUCAAGGUCAAAAAUCAUUCUGCUGAUCUCCCACUUACUAAAUGCAUGAUUCGAGUAUAGACUUGCUUGGUUGCUGCCUCUUUUGGAGAGGAUUUAAUACGUUUCUUUUCCCUCCCUGUAUUCAAGUUGUGAACAACAUAUGUACACACUAGAUAAGUUUAGGUAGUUUUCAGAAUGAAACAAGAAUGAUUAAUUGCUCACAAAGGAAAAGAAUAGAGCUGUGCAAUGAGUGUGUCCCAUACGUAAAAGGUGGUGAUGUGUUCGCUCCUCAAGAAGCUAUUGCUGGAUCCUACAUUUAUUAUUGAUUUUUGUCCAGUCUCCAUUGGAUAAGAUUGCUGAGGGCUCUGGAAAAAGUGGAUUAUCUAGACCUAUUUGUAUUGCGUUUCAGGCUGGGACAUGAUACAGGGACGACAUUGAUUAUGCUUGCCAAUAAAUUUUGACAGAACCAGUUGAGGUGAUACCAGCAUGCUGGUUGAUGCUGGUAUCCACUGAUCCUGGAUCGUCUCUAGAUUGGCUAUGGAGUUUGGUAGUUGGAGGUGAAGGAGGAUUUUUAGGGCCAUGUUGGUGCUGUAGUGUGACUUGUUUUCUGUGACUAGUUCCAGAUAUGGGAGAGAAGUAGGGAGAAAUUCAGUCCAAAACAAACCAGAGUGCUUCAGGUUUUGAUUUUCUAGUCUCCCUUGUUUUAACUUCGUUUGUUCAGUUUACUGAGUUCAUGCAUCAACCUGUACUUAGUUGUCCAAGUUAUUCUGUUGAGGCUUGUUUCAUUUCCUGGAAGCUGUUUGGAUCUGACUGAGGAAGAAUAUGUUUAGCAUUGACAAAAAUGAGUGCCCAAUACAUGCAUGGAUCUUCUGGGGAAGAUUCAGAACAAAUCAACAAUUUGAGAAUCUUUCUGGAUUCACAGAUCCUACUCAAAGAUCAAGUGGCAGCUGUGGCCAGGACGGGCUUCUUAUAGAUUCAGCUAGUGUACCAGCCAUGUGAUUUCCACUUUCUCACAGUUAUGUAUGCAUUGGUCACCUUAUGUGUGGAAUAUUGCAACAUGUUGUACGUUACUGUAGCUCCUCUUGAAAGCCACUCAAAAACUACAGCUGUUCUAGAAUGUAGCAAUGCAAGCAGUUAUACCCCUACUACAUGAGUUGCAUUGUUUCCAUUAAGCUUUACGUGUAAUUCCAGAGUCUGGUUAUCACCUAUUGGUGCUUUAUGGCAUAGGGCCUGGCUAUUUAUGGGGCCACUUCUCUCUUAUCACUAGAUCUAACAGAGUUGGUGUGCUUCAUAUUCUUCCAUUAAGCAAUAUCUUCUACUAGGAUUUAUGAGGUAGACUUUCUCUGUCACAUCAUUUGCUCCUUAGAAUAACAUCUCUCUUUCCCUAAGGUUUGGACUAACCUGACCUGCAGGCCAUUAAAAAGACUUUGAAAAACAUGAUUCCACCUCUCAAUCCCCUCCCUCAAGUCCUGGGAUAGGUCAGGAUGUACCCAUUUGAUGUGCUGUGUCUGACUAGGAUAUGUUAUGUUCUCGCUUUGUUGCUUUAGGCAAUGUAAUUUUUAAAAUUACAUUGCCUAUUAUCUUAUAGACUUGGACAGCUUUAUACAUUUUAAUUAUAAAUAAUUCAAAAUUUGUAGAACAGAAUAUGAUCCAGAAUUCAGACAGUAUAAGCAUAGCACCUGUCUUUAAGCCAAAAGCAUCUUUUUCUGGGAUCUUGUAUCAGGUGUGGAAGCCCAAGAGAAAGAAACUGUUAAUGUAAUACUUUUCCAACAGGCAUCCAAUGUGAUGCUUCCAAAUCAUAUUUUGUCCUUUGUCUCUGGAACUUAGCACAGGGCUAGAAGAAAAGUAAUUUAAUACUUUAAAAAAACCAAAUUUCUUCUAAGAAUGAUCCCUUAUAUCCCUAAAAUAUAAGUUACAAUAAUGCAAAAUGUACUUUAUUGUAAUCUGUUGUAAAAUUUGAACAUAGUUAAAUAUUCCUCCCUAAUCAGCAGUGUUUAACAUGCUUCCUUGUAGACAUGGGAAGCUUUAUAUGCAAGAAGUGGGAGAUUUUUUAAAUAUAUAUCUAAUCUGCAUCUACUUCUUUGUGUUUUCAUUGUAUUGGUUCUGGUCUUGUCCCCUGGGGCAACUGAACAAAUAUACUCCCUCAUCUGCAAAAUUGUCCUUUUUAGACUACUAAAAAGGACUACUACUCCUUUUUAGAGUACGAAAGACUACUAUCAGGUUUUCUCGCUUUUCUUUUCCAGGCUAACCAUACUGACUUCCUUUAACUUUUUUUUUCAGUUUAAUUCAGUUUUCAGUCCUCUCACUUUUAUUUGUAGCCUGCAUCCAUUUUACCUGUGAUGGAUAGCAACUGGCCUUUUAAAUAACAAACCAGAUUUAUGUUUCUGGGGAUAGUUUUUAAACAUUUUCAUCUCUUUUAACUUCGUGUGAAACUUUAUCUUUUGGCACCCUUAAUAAGGUUGGUUUUUGUUUUCGGUUGACUGGUCAUGGCAUGCUAGCACCUGGCUGAGCUUGACUAAGUUAUAGACUCCAAAAGUUUUGUUUGGUGUCCCCAUACCUGACUCAGAAUGGGGUAAGGAUUUCCCCUAUAGUCCUCCACUGGUGGGAAGAGCAACACUGGCUAUAAUAAAGGGGUGUGGUGGCUGCAGCAAAGGGACCUAAUUUUCUAGCAGCUAUUGGCCUCUCAGAACCAAAGUGCCUGAAUGGGAUGGCUGGAUCAAUCCUGAAAGCACCUUUGGUGUUACAUAAGUGUAGUGGUGGGAUUCAACCGGUGUAACAACUGGUUUGCUUCUCACGUGCUUUGUGCGUGUAUGUGCGCUUUGCUCGCAUGCGCACCAAAUGGGCAAUCUGCACAUGCACAGUACAUUUGAAAACAGCACCUUCUACUGCAGCUCUGGUAAAUAAAACAGUUGAGGCAUGGCAAUCUGCGCUGAUCAGCUGGGCUUCAAACAAAGGAAAUAAAGGCUUUCAGAUAAACUUCUGUGAAAAAGCACAAAGUAAGCGCAGAGCACUGAAGCUGAAUUUUGCAAACCCACCUUUCAAAUCCACUGCACGAUUUACUUUGAACCCUGGAGUUCCUUUUCAGAAUCCACACAUUGAUACUCAAGCAACAAUGGGUAGUAAUCACAUUGCCCCCUUCACCUUCAAAAGGAGAGAGGCGGAGAUGAUCGUGAAACUUUCCAGCAGGCUACAAGAGAGACUGAGAACACACAGCAUUGAAUCAUCAGGAAAAUUGAAGAUUUCCCCUGAACAGCAUUGGGAUUUUACUGCAGAGGACUUGAAAGACCUUGGAGAAAUUGGACGAGGCGCUUAUGGUUCUGUCAACAAAAUGGUCCACAAACCAAGUGGGCAAAUUAUGGCUGUUAAAAGAAUUCGGUCAACAGUGGAUGAAAAGGAACAGAAACAGCUUUUAAUGGAUCUGGAUGUAGUAAUGCGAAGUAGUGACUGCCCGUAUAUUGUUCAGUUUUAUGGAGCACUCUUCAGAGAGGGUGACUGUUGGAUCUGUAUGGAGCUCAUGUCUACCUCGUUUGAUAAAUUUUACAAAUAUGUAUAUAGUGUAUUAGAUGACGUUAUUCCAGAAGAAAUUCUAGGCAAAAUCACUUUAGCUACUGUGAAAGCAUUAAACCACUUAAAAGAAAACUUGAAAAUCAUUCACAGAGAUAUAAAACCUUCCAAUAUUCUUCUGGAUAGAAAUGGAAAUAUUAAACUCUGUGAUUUUGGCAUUAGUGGACAACUUGUAGACUCCAUUGCCAAAACCAGAGAUGCUGGAUGCCGGCCAUAUAUGGCACCAGAGAGGAUAGACCCUAGUGCAUCCAGGCAAGGAUAUGAUGUCCGUUCUGAUGUCUGGAGCUUAGGGAUUACAUUGUAUGAGUUAGCCACAGGACGGUUUCCUUAUCCUAAGUGGAAUAGUGUAUUUGAUCAGCUGACACAAGUGGUCAAAGGAGACCCACCACAACUGAGCAACUCAGAGGAACGGGAGUUCUCCCAAAGUUUUAUCAACUUUGUCAACUUGUGCCUUACAAAGGAUGAAUCCAAAAGGCCAAAGUAUAAGGAGCUUCUGAAACAUCCCUUCAUUCUAAUGUAUGAGGAACGAACAGUGGAUGUUGCAUGCUAUGUUUGUAAAAUCUUGGAUCAAAUGCCAACAACUCCCAGCUCACCAAUGUAUGUUGAUUGAUACUGCUGCUAUAUCAAAACUCUAGUGCAAGUGCUGAGAGAAAGCAAGAUGUACAGAAUCUUCACCCCAUAUUGCAGUGUUUUAAUGCUCGCCCAGACACCAUGUGCAAUAAUGUUGGUGUUUCUCCUCCAUUCUGUCUGUAUAUCAUUGUCACUUACCAAGUGCAUCCAUGUAAUACCCAAACUCACAGUGUUAGUGUCAAGUCAAAGAGAGACUUUGUUUUGCUCUUUUUGUGGACAUAUACAUAAAAUGUGGAAAUAAGUAACAUUUUAUUUGUUGACCAUGAUUGGAUAGCACCUAAAAGUUAAGUUCUAAACUCAGAAACUUCUCAGCAGCUACUGGAGGGAUUUUAUUCUCAAAUUCUUUCAACUGCUUCAACUAAUUUAAAGGAAAGGAAGUUAGUUGUUGGUCUAUCUGAUUCGAAACAUUAAAAAAAAUACUGCCUAGGAGACAGUAACUUGUGCAGCCAAAUGGAGCUACUUUUACCUUCUGGAGCUAGCAAAGGCAAACGGGGGAUAAUAUAUAAAUAUAUAUAUAUAAAUAUAUUUUUCUUCACAAAGUGCAAUAGAUUGAGUUGAAAUUCUGUUGCUUUUCAGCCACAGUGUAUAUUUUUUAAAACAGUGUGGCUCAGCAGAACUUCAUAAUGUUGGGGGAAGAAAGAGUGAUCAUGUAAAAUGGAUUAUUUCUUUACCAAAAACAUUCAGUGCGUUGAAAGAGCUAACAAUUCAACUUAUAAGAGGGGAAGAAUAAUGUAUUCUUUCACUUUCCAUGGAAACCAGUCUUCAGCAGAAUUAGGUAUCCUACAGACUGUUAACCAAUGACAUAAAAUUUUGAACUGAGGAAUUAUUAAACUGUUCAGUGGAAUUUAACUGGCUUGUGACCCCUGAUUUCUAACUGUAACCUGGUGAUUAGCUGGCUAACUUUCACAUUUGGAAAGGACACUGGAUGACCUGCAGUUGUGAAUAGCUGUAUUUACCUUAUUAAAUAACUCCAGGUGUGAUUUGGAUCGCUGCUUCCUGUCUGAUAUCCAGUAUCAGAGCAGAUAAGCUUCCUUCCUCCUUUUCAGUUAGAAAACCUGUACUUCCAAAAUCACAGCAAAAUGGUGCUAAUUAAUUUGAUGUAUUUUCAGAUGAUUAAUUCAAUUUCUGAUGAACUAUUCUGAAAAUGGAAUUCAGUUUUUAUGAUGGCUUAUUGAUAUAUAUUAUGGAGAAAAUUGCUGAGCCAACACCAAUCUGAUGGCACAUAGUCAAUAUUUAUAAUAUAAGAGAAUUAAUGUGUUAAGUUCUUCAAAGGACAGAAUACAGAACAAGGAAUUUUAAUAUUAUCAAUCCAAGAAAAAAAGCCAUAUAAAAUUAAACUGGUAUUAAUUUUUUCAGCUAUAUUUGAUGAAAUACUCAUUUCUAACUGACAGUGGAAAAGAAGUGACCCUUGUAAGAAAAAAUACAACGGAAACAAGAUCUCAUUGCUGUAGCCAGUUAACUCUUGGUUAAUAAAUUUUCAAGAGGUAAAAUGGUCAGUCUAAGCAGGAACCUUUGCCCCUGCAAAAACAUAUGGAAUAACAAAUGAGAUAUUGUUUGAAUGGAAUUUGGUCUUUAGUAAUGCAAUAAUUCUUCUUUUUAAUCCUUUCAGGCAAAAGAAGUACAGAGCCUCCCAGCCUUACAUAUCAGUUUUCUGUUGGCUCUUUCUUGUGUUUGCCAAAAAAAUAAAAAAUGAAUAAUCGUUAUAGAGACCCAUUUCCCAAUUCUAUUAUUUGUUUAUAUAAGCAGAAUAUUUCCAUGCAGUUGAUCAGAAAAUGGAGGUAGCUUUCAACGCAGGCUCAGUGCGAUGGAAGUUCUAGCAUAUUAAUCAUAGAUUGUUAUAAUAUACUAUUAAGGGUGCAGCAUUUAUAUUACAGUGUAUGUUUAUAAAGAUGUAUAGUGUUCAGAAGCUGUGAAAAUAGUGUAAGAACUGUACAUUGUGAGCUCUGGUUAAUUUUUUUUUCUUCUUGUACUAUAGCAAAAAAUGUAUAAAAGUCUAUUGAUAAACUGAUGUGCAGGGAUAUUGCCUAAUCGUCUGUAAGUAAAAUGGAGUUUCACAACAUGAUGGCUUUUAAGAGCUUCCAACUAUUUUAACUUUUCCUGAAUUGACUUCCUGUUCUAUUUAAGAUAUUCUACAUGGAAUCAAAGUGUUUAAUGUAAUAGUUCUAUUUUUUUUCGCCUGCAGGUCAGUUGUAAUAAAUCAAGGAUGCAACGUA